AUGUUUCGCCUAUUAACGUUAGCGAUCCUGCUCACUGCAGUAAAUGGCAUUGAUGGGCAUCAUGAUGGAUUUGCUAGGAUUUUAGCUCCACUAGCUCCUGAUUCUCUGCCAUACGCGCAGCCCCAGCCAGAGAUUGUUCCAGUGUAUCCUAUCGGACGAGGCUGGUGGGACGACUGGAGCUCAUCGUCCGAAUCGUACGAAAGAAGAGAUCGCAGACACCGCAACCAUGGAAAAAAAGUGCAACAAAAUCGAUGCAAAGACCUGAGAGAAACUUGCGAUAAUGCUGAUUUCCCAUGUUCUCUGCCAACAAUUUCGUAUUUUUACCAUGAAGAUAUCAAGAUGGCUUACAUAAAUUGCAAGAAUUACUUAUAUCUGGAAAAAGGAAUGGCGCUGCUUACCGGGCAGAACACAUGGCUUUCUGAAGGAAUACCAGCAGCGAAAGUGGCCAUGUGUGGCCGAGAUGGGAAGUGGAAAGCUGCUAAUCAAAUUGGGGUCGUAGAGGUGUUCGAUAUUGUUCGAUGCGCAGAAGUAGAAUAA